GGUAAGGGGAAGAAGAGGAUGGUGGAGUGUGGGAUACAAAAGAGAUAGGAACAAGGAGAGGAAGACCAGGAAUGAAACAACUGAGCUGUAAGCUGUUUCCACUAAUAUUUAUUCAUGUAAUUGAUAAUUAACUAUGAAUGAAAUAGUUGUGAUGACUGUUUUUAACUACUCAUAGACUCAUAUACUGACCAAGUCAACAGUGAAGCUUAAAUCAUAUCCGGCAGAAUCAACAGACAGAUUCAGAAAAACAGCAACAACUAAAGUACAGUCAAUAAAACAGAGCUAAAAAAAACCAAAAUACAACAAAGUUGUAUACAGUAGUUCUGCAGGAUGUGUGAGCAGUGACUGUUUGCUAACACUUGAUCACAAUGUGUGAGAGUCUUUCCUCCACCUUUUAUUUUGAAGCAUUUUUACUCCAUGUGUAAAAUAAAACAAAGAAACUACAACACAACAACAUUUUCAAUUUUUUUUAAUAAAAAUCAACAGAGCAAUAUUUUUGCAGUUUAUAUAAAAAAAAAAAAUACAAAGUCAAUACGUACGUAACUAGUUUGCUAUUAAAUUGUUAUGUGUUGAUUUAUAUUAAAAAAACAAUAAAUUGUCUUUGUUGCUGCCCACAAAUUGUGCCAGUACUUCAUAACGGAUUUUCCCCCGCAGAGUUAAUCAAACUGUCGCUAAUGCACCUGCAUUAUUUACUGAAUAAUAAACGUCUCAUUGUGGCUCACUUCAUUGAGGAUUAUUUAUACCUCUGUUCACACAUAUUACAGUUUAUGCUUGCUCAGCUAUUGCUUUCACAUGCACGCACACACACACACACAGGUUUGUGCAGCUAUCUUUUUAAGAACUCUCACUGAGUUCUGUUCAUAUGGAAACCCUAAAACAACUGUUACCUGUAACCAUAACCAUAACCAGAUAAUGCUUAGCCUUAACCUUUACCUAACAACAAUUCAAAUCUUAGCCUUAAACCACAGACACAUACACACACACACACACACACCUCCCUCCCAGGCAGAAGAGGGGAGGUGGAGCAGACAGAGUGAACAGCCACUGCUAUCAAGGUGAAGGAGACACAGUGAGUGUGAUACACACUGACAGGCAGGAAACUGACUCAAGUCCAGCAAAGUACAGACCAAGUGAAAGGAACCAAAAAAAAAGGCUGUUGGAGGUUGGAUCUGCUGCCUCGAGGGGAGAUAAUAUUAGAGAUCCACUUGUAGCUUCUUAAAAACCUCAGUCGCAUUCCCUGUGUCUCUUUAAUCAUGGUGGACCUGUUCAUGGAUCGAGUCCUGGUGAAGAACAACAAGGACCGGGAUGAGCUGGACACAGAGCGUGAGAUUGUCACACGGCUGCAGAACCGCAUCCUGUUGCUCUUCUUUGCAUCCGCCGACUGUGAAAGGUGCCAGACGUUUGCUCUCACGCUGAGCGACUUCUUCAAACAAUUGACGGAUGAAUUCUAUGUUGAUCGCUCUGCUCAGCUGGUUCUGCUGUACAUUAGUUUGGACGAGUCAGAGGAAAGACUUGAGAGCCUCCUCAAAGAGCUGCCAAAGAAGUGCCUGUUCCUGGCCUGUGAGGACACCUACAGGAGGGAGUUGGAGGCCAUGUUUAACGUGGAGGAGCUGCCAACAGUGGUGGUGCUGCGGCCCGACUGCUCCAUCCUGGUCCCUAACGCAGUGGAGGAGAUACUGCACCUGGGCCAGCGGUGCUACCGCAACUGGCAGGAAGCGGCAGAGCUCAUCGACAGGAGCUUCAUGAUCAGCGACGACUUUGAGGGGAAGUCCAUGCGCAGCUUCAGUGACCCCGUGAGGAGGCUGAAAUACAAGGUGGAAGACGAGAAGAAGAAAAAGAAGAAGAAAAAGCAAAGGGGGUGGGGCAGUGGUGGAGAAGCGGAGAAUGAAAAAGAAGAGAGAGAAGGAGGCGGAGGAGUGUCAUGGUGAUGGAGAUGAAGAGCCAGAGGAAUAAGACUGUGGAAAAGUGGUUUUGUUUGUGCAUAAUGUUUCUGAUUUGUUUUAUCUGCCAUUUCUGUAACACCUGAAAUUAUCUCUAAAAGCAAGGAACAUC